AUGCGCCGCUUGCAUGACAGCGGCAUGGGCGUCAAGAGGAUCGCCGCGGCCUUGAGCCGCUCCACGGACACCGUCUCGAAGCAUUUGUUCAAAAAGAACACGACCAAGAAGUCCAAGGGCCGCCCGAAGCAUUCCAUCCGCACCCCCAAAGGGUUUCUCGCUGCCCAGCGCGCUUACAAGAAGCUUCUGAAGUCCUCGGGCGGCACAAAGGAAGUGACGGCAGCCAUGCUGAAGUCCGAGAUGAAGUUGAAAUGCGACAUCAAGACAGUGCGCCGCGCGUUUGCUGAGAAUGGCUACCAGUUCCGCCCGCUGUACGAGAAGCCUGACCUUUCUGAUGGGGACAAGAAGGAGCGCCUGCAGUGGGCCCGCGAGCACAAGCACCGGAGCCCCAGCCAGUGGUCACAGUACGUCCACGCGUGCAUGGACAACAAGGUGUUCCAGGUGCUGCCAAAUGCGAAGUACAGGAAGGUGGCGGCAAAGCGCAAUGUUCGCGGGGUGUGCAGGAAGCGCAAGCGGGACUUCUCCGUGGGCCACGUCAAGCCGAGCAACCCUAAGGUUCUGAAGCAGAGUUCGGGCAAGGGCUCCGUGACCAUCGCGUGCGCCAUCGGCGCGGGCAAGGUGUUGAUGUGGCACCAGGUGGUCGGCAGGUGGAACGCCGCAGCCGCGGGGCGAAUGUACUCGGGGGCGCUCCAGCCCGCUUUGAAGAGGGCCUACCCUUCCGUGCGCGGCAAGUUCCGCGUCAUGGAAGACAACGACCCCACGGGCUACAAAUCUCGCUCGGGCAUGGCGGCGAAGAAGUCCGCUGGCAUCCAGACGUUGGACUUGCCGAAGCGGUCCCCUGAUCUGAUGCCGCUUGAUUUCGCCUUCUGGGCCAAUCUGAACAAGCGCAUGAGGGGGCAGGAGAAGGACUGGCCCGCGAGCAAGACGGAGACGCGGGCGCAGUACCUGGCCCGGCUGCGCCGCACGGCGUUGGCGACGCCUUCUGAGUACAUCCACAGCAUCAUGGGCAGCCUGCACAAGCGCUGCGGCUUGUUGGUCGAGGCGAAGGGCGGCCACUUCGCCGAGGGCGGUGGGCCAGAGAAGCGCCGCAGGCUCGUGGGGAAGCAGAGCCAGCAGACGGCGCUCCUCGAGCACGUCGUCGGCGAGGAGAACAGGAACGCCUCGCGGGAGGUCUACUUGGUGACUCUGCCGCACACGGACAAGGAGGGUCUCAGAGCGCCAGCGGCUUUCUCGCGGGAGGAGGUCCGCGACGCUUUCCUGGAUUGCUGCGGCGCUCCGGACGCCGACCCCGCGUGGCUCGCAAGCCACCGCGGGCAGGGGGCCGCGCCCGUCGGGGUCAAGAAGCUGGUGGUAUUCAAAGAAUACCACGCGCCAGUGGCAGGCGUCCGGCGGGCGCACUACCACGUGGCCUUGCACCUGGGCAAGAAGAGCAAGUUCCUGACCGUGAAGCGGGCCUUGCUCAACAGGUACCAACUCGCCUCUCACUGGUCCUGCAGCCACGACGGGCACUGGUCGGCCGUCGGGUACUGCGCGAACGCGACGCCCAAGAAGCCGCGGACCGCGCGGGAGCAGGUCGAGGGCGAGAAGGGGAAGCCAGAGCCUCGCGUCGAGGAAGUGGACCUGUGGCCGAUAGUGGUCAGGUCUGGGAUCCGGAAUACUCCGGACGACCCCCACGCAGUGCGCAAGUUGAUGGCGUACGCUAAGACGUCCUGCUCGCACAAGGUGGUUGCCUGGAUGUUCAAGAACGAGCACGUGCUGGAGAAGAUCAUCGACAAGGCCUGGGCGUGGGAGAACGUGGACAGCUUCCUCGAAGACGCGACGAAACCCGUCAUGCAACAGUUCAAGGAGGCCUUGCGGACGCCUUGCGUUUGCGGCGGCCGCUGGUUGCACCACGUCCGCGAAAGCCUGUCGAUGAAUCGCAUCGACGUCCCCGACCUGUGCAGCAGCAUCUUGAUGUCCCUGAAGCACGGUCGGUCCGAGGCGGCCCCGGUGGUCACCUUGGCUGGGCGCUUCGGCGGAGAGGGGAAGUCUCUUCUCUUCUCGGCGGUUCGGCCGCUGUUCGGCGGUGAGCACGUGCAGGAGAGGCCAGGCGGGGGGCAGUUUUGCCUCCACGGCUUGGACAAGGCCAAGGCCGCGGUGCUGGACGAGUGGAUGUUCAUCGAUGAGGACCUCCCCCUGUCCAUCCAGCUCCUGUGGCUGGAGGGCAAGCCCGUGCCCAUCACCAUGCCCCAGAACCAGCACGUCGGGCACAAGGUGUACAUGGGGUCCGCCCCGAUUUUUGUCACCUGCCCCGAGACGGCGCUGGCGGGCCUCUCGUCCGAGUCGUCGCAGCGCCCGCAGGGGCAGGCUGGCAUGCUGCUCCGGCGGCUGAAACUGUAUUUAUUCACUGUGCCGAUUCCCAAGCCGCCGGCCCCGAAGCUAGUGCCGUGCCCGCGCUGUUUCUCGACCCUCGUCACAAGCGAGGCAGCCAACAAGGCAGCCAACGAAGCAGCCUACGAGGCACCCAGCGAGGCGGCCAACGAGGCCUCCUACGAGGCAGCCCGCGGGGCAGCCAAAAAAACAGCCGUCGAGGCAACUGGCGAAGCAGCCAGCGAGGCGGCCAACGAGCACGCUUACAAGAAGCUUCUGAAGUCCUCGGGCGGCACAAAGGAAGUGACGGCAGCCAUGCUGAAGUCCGAGAUGAAGUUGAAAUGCGACAUCAAGACAGUGCGCCGCGCGUUUGCUGAGAAUGGCUACCAGUUCCGCCCGCUGUACGAGAAGCCAGAUCUUUCUGAUGGGGACAAGAAGGAGCGCCUGCAGUGGGCCCGCGAGCACAAGCACUGGAGCCCCAGCCAGUGGUCACAGUACGUCCACGCGUGCAUGGACAACAGGGUGUCCCAGGUGCUGCCCAAUGCGAAGUACAGGAAGGUUCCGAAGCAGAGUUCGGGCAAGGGCUCCGUGACCAUCGCGUGCGCCAUCGGCGCGGGCAAGGUGUUGAUGUGGCACCAGGUGGUCGGCAGGUGGAACGCCGCAGCCGCGGGGCGAAUGUACUCGGGGGCGCUCCAGCCCGCUUUGAAGAGGGCCUACCCAUCCGUGCGCGGCAAGUUCCGCGUCAUGGAAGACAACGACCCCACGGGCUACAAAUCUCGCUCGGGCAUGGUGGCGAAGACGUCCGCUGGCAUCCAGACGUUGGACUUGCCGAAGCGGUCCCCUGAUCUGAUGCCGCUUGAUUUCGCCUUCUGGGCCAAUCUGAACAAGCGCAUGAGGGGGCAGGAGACGGACUGGCCCGCGAGCAAGACGGAGACGCGGGCGCAGUACCUGGCCCGGCUGCGCCGCACGGCGUUGGCGACGCCUUCUGAGUACAUCCACAGCAUCAUGGGCAGCCUGCACAAGCGCUGCGGCUUGUUGGUCGGAGGGAGCCAGUCGCGGUCCACGAUCAAGUCCAAUCCGUGCGUCCACCGCCCUUGCGGCUACAGGUGGCGCGCCAGGCGCGCCAAGUGCGCCGCGUUGCGACAGGUGCGGCGCACGGCCGACAAGGUGGGCCACGCGCGCCCCAUUGACGGGGCGCGCCCCAAGUGCGACAGGUUGCGCAGGACUACGCCAGGUUGCAACGAGCUCCCCACUGAGCAGCAGGUCUCUUGGUGGACUCUGCCGCACACGGACAAGGAGGGUCUCAGAGCGCCAGCGGCUUUCUCGCGGGAGGAGGUCCGCGACGCUUUCCUGGAUUGCUGCGGCGCUCCGUACGCCGACCCCGCGUGGCUCGCAAGCCACCGCGGGCAGGGGGCCGCGCCCGUCGGGGUCAAGAAGCUGGUGGUAUUCAAAGAAUACCACGCGCCAGUGGCAGGCGUUCGGCGGGCGCACUACCACGUGGCCUUGCACCUGGGCAAGAAGAGCAAGUUCCUGACCGUGAAGCGGGCCUUGCUCAACAGGUACCAACUCGCCUCUCACUGGUCCUGCAGCCACGACGGGCACUGGUCGGCCGUCGGGUACUGCGCGAACGCGACGCCCAAUAAGCCGCGGAGCGCCCUGGACGUUGACUACUUGGCUUGGCCCGCGGACCACCCGCCGCUGUCCGCGGCGAAGAGGGAGCCGACGACCGCCCGCGCCUUGGAGAAGCGCAGGACCGCGCGGGAGCAGGUCGAGGGCGAGAAGGGGAAGCCAGAGCCUCGCGUCGAGGAAGUGGACCUGUGGCCGAUAGUGGUCAGGUCUGGGAUCCGGAAUACUCCGGACGACCCCCACGCAGUGCGCAAGUUGAUGGCGUACGCUAAGACGUCCUGCUCGCACAAGGUGGUUGCCUGGAUGUUCAAGAACGAGCACGUGCUGGAGAAGAUCAUCGACAAGGCCUGGGCGUGGGAGAACGUGGACAGCUUCCUCGAAGACGCGACGAAACCCGUCAUGCAACAGUUCAAGGAGGCCUUGCGGACGCCUUGCGUUGGCGGCGGCCGCUGGUUGCACCACGUCCGCGAAAGCCUGUCGAUGAAUCGCAUCGACGUCCCCGACCUGUGCAGCAGCAUCUUGAUGUCCCUGAAGCACGGUCGGUCCGAGGCGGCCCCGGUGGUCACCUUGGCUGGGCGCUUCGGCGGAGAGGGGAAGUCUCUUCUCUUCUCGGCGUUUCGGCCGCUGUUCGGCGGUGAGCACGUGCAGGAGAGGCCAGGCGGGGGGCAGUUUUGCCUCCACGGCUUGGACAAGGCCAAGGCCGCGGUGCUGGACGAGUGGCUGUUCAUCGAUGAGGACCUCCCCCUGUCCAUCCAGCUCCUGUGGCUGGAGGGCAAGCCCGUGCCCAUCACCAUGCCCCAGAACCAGCACGUCGGGCACAAGGUGUACAUGGGGUCCGCCCCGAAUUUUGUCACCUGCCCCGAGACGGCGCUGGCGGGCCUCUCGUCCGAGUCGUCGCAGCGCCCGCAGGGGCAGGCUUGCAUGCUGCUCCGGCGGCUGAUACUGUAUUUAUUCACUGUGCCGAUUCCCAAGCCGCCGGCCCCGAAGCUAGUGCCGUGCCCGCGCUGUUUCUCGACCCUCGACACUAGCGAGGCUCUUAAGUUCAAGCCCAAGUAG